CGACAACCCGGAACAAGGAAGUCCAACAUUUCUUUCUUCUAAAUAAAUACAGCUGGCUGGUGCAUUAGCUACACCCUGAAUGCAUAGCAGCGACAAACACUCCAGCUACCAUUACAACAGCGCUGCAGCUCAUUCUGAGACCAUCGAGCAAAUCGUGUCUCCUGUUGGAACAUGUCCUCUGGAAGGAAACUAUCGUGGACAUCUGUUGUACCCGCAGUGGUGACCUUGUUGUUGCUGGAUGCUCUUGUUGUUGUGCAGGCGAAGAACUUUGAGGAUGUUCGCUGCAAGUGCAUCUGCCCGCCAUACAGAAACUUCACUGGCCACAUAUAUAACAGAAAUGUGACUCAGAAGGAUUGUAAUUGCCUCCAUGUAGUGGAGCCCAUGCCGGUGCCUGGCCAUGACGUGGAAGCUUACUGCCUGUUGUGUGAGUGCAAGUACGAGGAACGAAGUAGCAACACCAUCAAGGUAACCAUCAUCAUUUACCUGUCUGUUGUGGGUGCGCUGCUGCUCUACAUGCUGUUCCUGCUGCUGGUUGAUCCUCUUAUUCGCAAACAUGACGCCUACACCCAGCCACUGCACAAUGAGGAGGACUCUGAGGAGAUGCGUCCUCCUGUGGACAGUGCCCAGGCCAAAGGAAACACAGUGCUGGAGCGGGUUGAAGGAGCACAGCAGCGCUGGAAAAAGCAGGUCCAGGAACAACGCAAGACAGUUUUUGACCGCCACAAGAUGCUUAGUUAAACCCCACAGCUGACCUCAAAGAAGGUUUAGAAUAACUUACCUGGGCUCAGCGCUAUUACACUGUCACCAGCUGCACUACUACUAACCUUUUUGUUAAUGCUGUGUAUGGCACCCUCUCAAUAAGUAUUUCCUCACUAAGAAGACAUACUGAUCUAACAAGCAGGUGCUUUUUAUUUAUUAUAUGUAACAUUUUAGGCAAAGUUGCAGUUGUGAAAAAAAUGGCAUGGUUGCGCACUGUUAACUGCUUGAAACCAUCUCAAUCAUUUCAGCAAUUUGCAAUGCAACAGAUUUUGAAUGUCUUGAUUUAGUAAAUUAAGCGAGACUGACUAGUUUCUAAGAUUCCUCUAUCAUUUUUCAUUUUAGCUUCUUGCUGAUUUGGUAUAUUGUUAAGCUGUUUUUUUUUCUUGCAGCAUAAUUUAUGAAGUUACCUCAGAACAGAAAUGCUUUGUGUAUGUGAAUGGUCUAUUUGGGUAGAAAGAGUUCUCUACCUAUGCUAUUGUCAAGCAUAGCACAUUUCCUAGUUUAGCACUAGUAAUCAUUUUAGUAAUUUAUUUGUCUCCCAUUGCUGUGCAUAGUUACUUGGGUAUAUUGAGUAUCAUUUGGAUUAAUAGAGUAAUUGAUGGAUUAUAAAUGUUGGGGUUCGUUGUUUUAAGGCUCUGACCUUGCUACAUAUAAGAGCCCCAAUAUGUGCCUUUUCUGUUUCUUUCCUUGUGAGGGUGAAUGUGUGACAACAAAGUCCAGUGCAAAACAUGGAUCCUAAAUGUCAGCAAUUCACAGUUGUGAAAUAUAACAGAUUGUAAGGUCUACCAAUUCAUUAGUUUUAAUAGUGUUAGUUGUUAGUAUAAAUUAAAUAUUUUAUCUUGAAUGUAAAUGUGAAAACUGAUUGAAAAAGGUUUGUUCAGUGAGGUUUUUGCGUGAACAUACUUUCCCAUGCAAAGAGAGAACUGGAGAACGGGGCAUUUCACAAAGCUCUAAAGCUAUCCUCAGUGUAAUCAAAUCUCUCCUACUGGAGAAUGUCCUAAAUCAGUAAAGCUGCUGAUAAUGCGGUUAAGUGUGGCAGAACCAGGAUGCCUCUUUGCCCUCAAGUGAAUAAUUAUGUGUCAGUGAAUUCCCCGUUGCAUCCUACUACUGAAGUUCCCUGUUAGGGACCUUUUAAUACAGCAAACUGGCCCACAUCCUCUCAUGCACAAUGUGAACUGCUGCAGUGUAUUUGUCUGUCACGGUUUGUAUUAUCAUUGAAGUGUUUUUGAUUGAUUGAUUGUAAGUAUAGUUUCCUAUAACUAGUAUCCGUGUUAUGUUGUUGUAUAUUGCUCCAGUCUCACUGGAUUAUGUCACUGCUCAUAUUUAUACAUUCUGCUUGAUGUGAAAUAAAAAUAUAUAUAUAUAAA